CUAUCCGCUAUCCUCUCAAGCCUCUUUCGAAGGGGCAGCAGAACUGAGUCCACAGGCGACGGCGAUCAUUAAAUCUGGGGGAAGGUGAAGUGAAAACCUUUAUGAAUAUUUAAAGGAGAAUAUAAGCAGUCGACGAGCUCUUCUCAUUCUGCCUGUGUCAUUUCAAAAAAGAAGUCCGGACCAGGAAUUGUAGCUCCUGUCAACUGCCAAACAACCAACACCAACACUUCCUGAACCUGAAAAAUGGCAUCCCCCCUAACCCGAACCCUCGCCCGCCUCCGGUCACCAACCUACCCAAACACUGGCUCCGUCGCGCGCGACCACCUAGCCUCGGAGCGGACAUUCCUAGCCUGGAUUCGGACGGGGCUGGGCUUCGUGGCCCUCGGCAUUGCCAUCGAACGCUUCUCUCAGCUUGACCUGUCCGAGCUACUGCACCCCCAAUCGUCACCAACAACGACGGCAACGGCAACAGCAACAGCAGCAUCAUCUUCUCAGAACCAGCGAGCCCAGAGUCAGCAGGACAGAGACCAGACCAGAGCCCUAGUGGGUCCCCUGCUCGGCCUUGGGUCCGGCAGCAUCGUCUACGGUGCCGCCCGUUACUUUUCCAACCUCGUAAUGUUAGAGAGGGGACUGUUUAGACCUGCCUACUACGGAGUCGCCGUCCUUGCCGCCGGCGUGGCGGGCUUGUCAGGGGGGCUUUAUGGAAACGUUGUGAGGAUAGGCAGGAGGAAUCGGGAGGAGGCGGAGUGACGAGCGUUCUUUUUUCCUUCCUGGCUUGGGUUUCCUUUUUAUUUUCACAUUGUUUCUUUUUUUGUGCUUACCCUACCCGACUUUCUUUUGCUGGAUUUUGACCGAAGGUACACCGGGCAGUGUAUCGGUCGUUGCAGAGACAGCAAUAUAUAGUAUUUUUUGUGCAUGGCUGACUUAGGCGCUAUUGAAGUCUUUCACCUUGACCGAUGCAUCAGAACUGAGGUUUUCUGUUGUUCAA